ACAUGGUGGCAGUGGGAGAACUGGUGCUGGUUCUGGGUUUACUGGUGAGCGCUCACUGUGAGGUGAGAGCGCGGGACCCUGAGGUGGAGGAAGAGGAGGAGGGAGGAAGAGGAGGAAGAGGAGGGUUUGUGACGGAGACCCUCCUGCCAGCAGGAACUGGGAUUUCUCCAGUCAGAACCGGGAACUGGUGCGCCUUUGUGAGGAAGAGUGUGCAGCUGGUGGCCGAAGAGUGUAAAACAUGGAGACACGUCCAGAACCAGAGUCCCUGUCCCCGCGAGUCACCUGGCUGCCAGAGGGCCACGUACCGGUUGCGGCCCGGCUGCCAGAAGCAGAAAGAGGUCACGACCUUGGUGUGGCGCUGCUGUCCGGGUCACGGAGGUCCAAACUGCGACCAGGAAGGUGACCCAGCUGGACUUCAGCACCGGGCCGACCCGGACCGGGAGCAGAACGACCAUCAGACGACCUUCACCGACCCCUACGACCCGCAGGGCUCCGCCCACCCAGGAAACGCCCCCUCUCACCCACACCACCCGAUUUACCACCAGAACCAGAACCAGAACCGGCCGCCGCCUGGGAGCCGGUCUCAGGUAGAGGGCGUGGUUCUGCCUUACCCAGACGUCCCUGCAGCCCUCCCCGUCCCCGACAUGAUGGCGCUGGUCCUGUCCCAACUGCACCCCAUCCUGGAGGGCUUCAACCGCUCUCUGGAGCACCUUCACCACCAUGUGGGGGCGCUAUCUCAAGACGUGGCAGAGAUGAAGGUCAGCCGGCGGGGAGUGGAGCCCCAGGAAGAGGAAGAUGCCGAAGAGAAGCUGGAAUCCAAACUGGACGGAAUGUUCCAGGAGAUCGGGAACGUCCGCAGGCAGAUCCAGGAAUGGCGCAGCGACACGGAGAGCAGACUGAACUCCCAGCGCGACGAGCUGCAGCUCCACCUCAGCAGCUUCAGGCUGGAGGUGGACCAGGAACUGAAGCAGCAGCAGAAGGUGCUGCAGGCCCUGAACGCAACACAGGCUGGAAUGAAGCUGGACCGGGACCGGACCCCUGAGGACCACCAGCUCUCCUCCCAACGCCCAGCCGACAACACGGCCCUGUGGGACGCCAUCACACGGCUGGACAACAUGGUGGUCAACAACACUGUCAAGGUGGAGGAGCUGACGGAGGACCUGGAUAUCACUUCAGCCGACGGCCAGCAGAUGGCGCUGCAGCUGAAGAAUCUGGAGAAGCUGAUCAACCAGACGGCGCGGAAAAGCCAGAUUCUGUUCAUGGAGACGGGUCUGGAGGUGGAGAAGUCCAAGGUGACGGUGGAGCAGCUGGUGGAGCAGCUGGUGGUGAACUUAACGCGCUACGAGAAGGACCUGCGGGAGAACACCAAGGACGUGGACAACCUGUACAAGGAUUUCCACAAUCUCAACCCGACCAAAGACUGCAAAUGCAGCGACCUGAACGCUGCGGUGACUCGUCUGGAGAGAGGCGUGGCCAACGUCACCCAGCUGGCCAAUCAGAACAGGCUGGAACUGGAGGAGAACAGUGAGGUGGGUGGAGCUCCUUGGGGCGGAGUCAGCGACUGGGAGCCGGCGGUGGAGGUGCUGCAGGCGGCUCUGGAGCAGGUGAAACAGUCCAUGGCCUUGGAGCAGAACAGAACCAGAACCUUGGACCUCGGCCUGGCCCAGCUCAGCGGGUCGGUGUCGGCGCUGCAGGACGAGGACGUCCAGCUAGACCAGCAGGUGAAGACGCUGUCCACGUCCUUCCAGUCGCUGCUGCAGGACGCCAUCCGGCACAGCGACGUGCUGCAGCUGCUGCUGGGCGAGGAGGUGCUGGAGUUCCUGGAGUGGCCCCUGCAGGACCAGGAGGCCCACUCCGUCCCCGCCCUGCAGGAGCAGCUCCGCCAGCUGCAGGAGCGGCUGAGGAGCCGUGAGGAGGCGGAGCUACAGGAGCCAGGAGCAGGAAGCAGAGAGGAGAUCCCCGCUGCUGACCAGCCCCUCUGGCCCCCUGCUGGCCGCCGGGAGAACAGCGGCGCUCCGCUCAGGGAGAACCAGCGCCUCCCGCAGGCGGAGCGGGGAGCUGCAGACAGCCUGCGAGACCUGGAGAGGAAGGUGGAGCAGCAGGAGCAGAGGCUGGUCCGGGCGGAGGAGAGAAGCUGCUCCUGUAGCAGCAGCGCGGCGCCCCCUGCAGGACGGGAGGCGGCGCUGCAGGUGGAGGUGCUCUGGCUGCGGAGGGGCCUGGAGGAACACCUGAAGGUCUUCAAGAACGUCUUCAGCAAUGCAGAGGUGCUGGCGGCGUCCGGAGACACGCUGCAGCUGGACCGACUGCUGGAGCUGACGAAGAGGAGGGACAGGAAGAGGGGAGGAAGAGGAAGAGGAGGAGGAGGAGAAAAAGGCGGAGGAGGAAGAGAAAGAGGCGGCCAGCGCAGUCGGAGGGAGUCACCAGGUGAGCUGAUCCCAUCCAGCCAAUCAGGCGUCUCUGUGCUGUUUGUGGGUGGAUCGGACAGAACCGUCAGGUUUGGACCGGGUCAGGACUCCAGACUCUUCACAGCACCGCUGGACGGACUCUACCUGUUCAUGUUCACCUUGGACCUGAGGCCUGGCUCCGCCCACAUUCUGCUGAGGCGGGGCCAGGAAAGGGGCGGGGCUCCGGUGACGCUUCUGCAGCGGCAGGUGGAGGGGGCGGGGCCUGUGAGCGGGUCAGGGCUCCUGAUGCUGCAGCAGGGGGAGCAGGUGAGGCUGCAGGUGAGGGCGGAGUGGGCGGAGUCAGAGAGCAACCUGCUGGCCGUGCUGCUGCUGCAGCCAACCACCUGAGGGCGCUGCGCACCAAUCAGCUGCAGGGGGUGGAGCCUCCAGACAUUAGCACCUUAGAGACGAAGGACGGAACGUUUCAGAGGAAAUGCUUUCUUAUGGAGGAAUAUUCCUGCCAUAAUCCAAGAGAAUACAUUUUCAUUUUGAAAGCAGGACUUCAUGUCUUUCUUCUCAAAACUUCUCCUGGUGAUCACUUCUUCGUCCCUGCUCGCUUCUGAAAUGCCUUGUGGCACAGUCGCCUGGCAACCUCUCAGCCAAUAGAAUGAAAGUGUUGUGCUGGGUGCAUUUGUUUCCUUCUAGCAGGUGUGCCUGUGUGGCGGCCAUUGAUUGUAGCAACCUGUGCCGCGUUACAAGUUUUGAGAACAAAAGACAUGAAAUUCUGCUUUCAGACUGAAAAUCUGUGCUCCAAGAUUAUGGCAGAAAAAUUCCUCCAAACGUUUUCCUACAGGCCAUGAACGCACCAUAGCGACCUUCAGGGCCUCAUGGAUAAAGAGAGAAAAAACUUUCACAAUAAAACACAGAAAUCUGUUAGGUUAGAAAAUAUUUUAGUCUAAACUCGGCAACAAACUUGAGAAGUUUUUUUUUUAAAUCUCUGUUUUUAGCCAAGUUAAUCAUUUGCUAAUUUAAUAGUUGAGUAAAUAUUUUCUGAAUGUUUUAUAUUAAAAUCAGAAACAUGGAUAAUGAAAGAAAAAAUACUUUAUGUUGUCAACAUUUUUCAUUUCAGAUCCUGAAAACAAAAUGUUUUCAUCAGCUUCACUUGCAGGAACAAACUGAAGGCAGGAAUAAAAUGUAACUAUUAGAAAAGGCCACUUUUAUUAUUUUCUACAUAUUUUUAU